AUGUGGCUCAAGUACGGGCAGAAGCAGCUCACGGGCGGAACUCACGGCAGGCACUACUAUCGCUGUAGUCACUUUCGCCAACCAACCGAGUGUCGCGCGCGUCGCGUGGUCGAUUUCCACAAGCACGACUCCAAGUUCCCACUCCGAAUCUCCUUCUUCGGCGAACACAACCAUCCGCCGCCGCUUCACCGCCCGCCGCAACCACUCGCAGCACCGCAGCAGAACCCUUCCGCCGCUGCUGCGCAGCCGGCUUCCGCAAGCGUGACCGUCGCACAGGCGUCUUCCGCUGGUGCAUCCGCCCCCAGAAGCAGCCGCCACGCCGCGGAUCGCCUCAGGCUCUCCCUGCCCGAUGACGUCAUCGGAUCCACGCUGGCAGGCGGAGCUUCUGCCGCUUCUGCAGGCGGAGCUUCCGCCGCUUUUGCUGGCGGAGGCGGAAGCGGAGCGCGUGCUGCUGCGGCUGGAUUUCAGCCUGGAGGCGGAGGCGGAGCGGGAGAGGGGGGAAUUCAGGUGGGAAUUCACGCAGGCCUCGGGGGAAGGCUGCCAUACAGUCUAGCGGAACUUGAGGUUCUCGCUGCAGUUCUCCUUGAAGCCGCCGCCACGUCCGCCGCUGCAGGCAGUGCAAACGCGCCACUGGAGGGUUCGAGAGGCAGAGCUGACGCCACCGCCGCCGCUACCAAUGCUGCCACUGCCACCACCUAUCAAAGGGUGAGCGUUAACGAGCGCGCUUGUGCGUCAAGCGUUGGCGGUGGCAACGGUGGCGGCAGCAUCGGUGGUAGCAGGAGCAGGGCGGUCGCAGCAGAGAGGGAGCAUCAGCUUCUGGAAUCGCUAGUCAACCUGCUGACGUCACCUGUGCCGUCACCGGGUUCCGGAUCCGCCUCCCUCACCCCACGCCCUUCGUCUGCUCCCUCUCCUCGGGAACUCCACUCUCCCAUGCAGACAGGCGCUCUGCUCUCCCCAGCAUCGGCCGUUGCUGCGGUGUACCUUCACUGCGCCUCCUACCCGUCCUACCGCUCCUCUACUGCCACGUCACCCUCCAGCAUGACGUCAGCCUCUGGGUCAAUGCAAUUCUCUCCACAUGCUACAGGGCCUACUGUUCACACAGGGACACGAUUUGGCUUACCAUCCGCCUCCCCUGGUACAGGUGCGCCUUCCGCCACUGCAGCAAGCCAGCAGGGUCCCUCCUCCGCGCAGAGCCAGCAGCAGCUGGCGGCGGCAGCCAUUCUCGCGCACCUGCUGGCCGCGCAGGCGCGGCAAAGCGCCUCCCCGAGAACCCCCAACCCCGUGCAUGAAGCACACGGGGCAGCGCCAGCACCGCGGCAAGUGCGAGAAACACAAGGGGCGGCACCAGCACCGCGCUUUCUCCAUGAGGCGCAAGGGAGAAUGCACCAGCCGCACGUGGCUAUGCAGCAGCCUUUGAAUGUGGGUCAGGGUGGGUCGGUCUCCCCUCCCCGCCCUGCUCUUUCCUGCCCACCCGAGGGCCGACUUCCCGCCCCUCCGCCACUGUUCAUCCCCCGCCCUGCCUCCUCCCCUGCCGAGUAUUUCUCCGCCUCUGCUGCCAUCUCCUCGCCACGUGGCACGAGUGUGAACUGCCGAGUCAGCACCUGGCCGCCAGCUCAGGAGCAGCAGGGCUCCCAGCCGUGGGCUGCGGGUCAGGGGUUUGGGGGUUGUGGAACAGCGUUGGAUGGUGGGAUGGGGGAUGCGGAGCCGUGGCAGGGGGAAGGGGAGGGGAUGGCGGCGGAAGAGGGAGGGGUGGCAUGGAGUAUGAUGGAGGAGGACUGUGAUGAUGCUGGGGAGUUGCAGUUGCUGCAGCUUCAGGAGCUGCAUCAGCUGCUAAAGAGGCAGGGAGAGCGGAGACAUAAACAGAAACACGAACAGGAACGACUACAGCAGCAGCAGCAGCAGCAGCAGCAGCAGCAGCAGCAGCAGCAGCAGCAGCAGCAGCAGCAGCAGCAGCAUCAACAACAUAAUCAAGACCACCAGCUUCAGCAGCAGCAGCAGCAGCAGCAGCGGCAGCAGCAGCGGCAGCAGCAGUGGAGGCGGCAGCAGUUGCUACUACAACACCUGGAAGCGCAGCUGGAUCCGUUCCCACAGCAGCAGCAGGGGCAGGCAGAAGCACCCGUGACGCCAUGCACUGACGACCCUGGAGCAGCCCUCACCCCCUCCUCCUUCACUGCAUCCGCAUCCUCCCCGGCCAUCUCCCCUGCUGGCUUGACCCCUGGACCAUCCUCUUCUCCUGCUUUAACCCCCUCUUCCCGGUACCCCUCCGCCCUAACCCCCUCGGCUCUGACCCCCUCCGGCCUGACCCCGUGUGUUUUGAACCCGUCUGCCCUGACCCCGUCGUCGCAGCACUACCGCGAGCCGCCCUUCUCGGAGUUCCUGCGCCUGCCUGACAUGAGCACCAUCCAGGCCAGCCGCGCUGCCCGCCUCUCAGGCCAUGCUCGCAGCAACAGCGGUGGCUUUGGCGGCCAGCCGCCGCAGCAGCAGCAGCAGCAGCAGCCGCUGCACCAGCAACAGCAGCAGAACCAGAACCAGAACCAGAACCAGAACCAGAACCAGAACCAGAACCAGAACCAGAACCAGAACCAGAACCAGAACCAGAACCAGAACCAGCAGCACCAGCACCAGCAGCAGCAGCAGCAGCAGCAGCAGCAGCAGCAGCAGCAGCAGCAGCAGCAGCAGCAGCAGCAGCAGCAGCAGCAGCAGCAGCAGCAGCAGCAGCAGCAGCAGCAACAGCAGCAGCAGCAGCAGCAGCAGCAGCAGCAGCAGCAGCAGCAGCAGCAGCAGCAGCAGCAGCAGCAGCAGCAGCAGCAUCAGCCUGCUAGCGGCUCACGGCGUUCUCAUGGGCGUACGUUAAGUGCACCACACCCACAGGCAUUACUUCCCGGUGAAACAGCCAUCAGACCCAGCAGCGGUUCCACAGCUUCCCGCCCGAUCUCGCCUCUUGCUCCCGCCUCUUCCUCCAGGCCGUUAUCGCCGCUGUCUCAGCUCAGCACGUUCCGCCUGCCGUCCGCGCACCAGAAGCCUCCAGUGGCGGGGAAUAAGAGGCCAGGCGAUGCCGCGUCGCAGCAGCAGCUGCCCCCGCCCCGGCGCAUGUCGCGGUCGGUCACAGCGCCUGCUGCAUCUUCUCCAGCUGAUGCAGCAGCAGCAGCAGCAGCAGUAGAAGCAGGAGGUGCUGCUGCCGCAGCAGCACCACCGCUGGCAUCGCCGUCAGGCAUGCAGCCCCCUCAAGCGCAACCAAAGAUGUUGAUUUCCGAGGAUAACUCAGGUGCUCUGCUCGUUUCGUCCCCGUUGCUACCAUUGGCUUCCACGGCUGACGCGAGUGGGGUUGGAUUCGGAAGUGGGACCUUUCAGCUCUCUGACUCCAGUGUAAUCGGUGCCAGUAUGAGCGCAGAAGCAGCUUUCUCCAAGCUCCAGAGGCAGCUGCAGGAACAGGCUAAAACUGGCAACCUUUUUGCUUUCAGUAAUGGAUCAGCUUCAGCAGCAGCCGGUGGGGUGAGCAGGCAGCAGCACACUGCCACACAUGUGAGCCCCUUUCUGGUUUCUGAGAGGCAUAGAGGGACAGAGAGGGAAGCUGCUGGGGCUGGGGAGGGUAGUGUGUUGGUGCCGCAACCAGGAGUGCACCUUGCGGACCCAGGGACAGGAACAGCAGGAGGAGCAGCAGUAUCAUCAGCAGCAGCGUCUGCACUGUCCGGCUUGCUGCAGCAGGGGGAUCUGACGAAGCUCAUUGAGGCGCUAUCACAUGUAAAGGCGAGUGAUGAGCAAGGCGGCAGGGAGCCAUGGGUGACCACUGGAAGAAAUCAGGCCCAGUCAGUCAAUGCUGGCUCGGGACCUGCUUUUCCUCCAAUGGAAACAGGCAGGGCGAAUGGGGCAGGAUCUAGCUGCUUGUUUAAUAAUCAGUCUGGCUCUUAUGCUGCAGAUGCUGCGUCAGGUGGCGAGGGAAACUUCCGGUUUGCAUUUUCCGACCUGCCGAGUGUUUUUCACCACAGCCCUGAUUCGCUGCAGAAACAGAUUCAGGAUGCCAUGGAUCAGCAGGAGCUGGAUGCGGCCAUGCUUGCUGCUGUCACUGCGGGAACCGUAGGCGCAUCUGCGGGUGCAGGUUCUGCUGGGGAGAUUACCAUGGGCGAGAAUGGGUGUAGUUUUUACGGGAGCAGCCAAUCAGCUUCGCAUUCGCAGUCAGGUGGAUUUGGAUGUGAUGUUGGCACUGGGCAGCAGCAACAUACAUCUUGUGAAGAGCAGAAUGGAGGCAGUUAG